AUGGCAUUGACACUCCCCAGCGUGAUAGUCUGCCUUCUAUUCUCCGAUAUAGGUUUUGGAGUCGAUGUAUACAACGUUCUCUACGACUUCGAGACUCUCUCUAUCGCGCUUUAUUCCAUUCUCAUCGCCUUGUGCAUCUCGCUCUUCCUCUGCGAUGUUCAACGGUGGCAACUUUGGCCGAAGCUCGGCGCGUGCGUGAUAGGUUGGGCACUUUUCGUCUCAGCGACUCUGCUGAACGGCACGUCGUACCCCCAAGGGCCGCUCAUCGUGGGACUCCUCCACGGUCCUGUCCUGCUGGGCGUCAUAAGGUAUCUAUUGUGUAUCCGAGUCUAUUCUGGAGUGUUCUACCGAGCAGUGUACAUCCUCGCAGUGGUGCUCGGUCUGCUGGUGCUUGGUUUGUGGUUAUGUUGGAUUGUGGUCGAGAACUGGGAUGGCCAGCACUACUGGAACGAAGAUGAACGGACGAGACUAAGCCUGGAGCUCGACGAUCUCCACAAGGCGCUCAAAGUGGAUUACAUUUUGCACUGUGUGAGGGUAGCUGGAGGGCAGGGCGCGUUGUCGGUGGAUCCUGAGGAGAAUAAUAGGCUUUAUGAAAAGUGUUCAACGACUUUAACGACGGCGUAUAUUGUAUAUGUUACUCCGAUGAUAGUGUCGUUCACGCUCUUGGUGCUGGCCGUAUUCUGCAAGCUGCGGGCGAAGAAUGCCUCGGUGGAAAAUGGAGAUGCGUUGUCGAACUCGCAGGAAACCGAGGCUUCGCUGAAGACAUUUGUGGUCUUCACCAGUCUGUUGAUCAUGUGCUUCUGGAUAGCAUCGUCGAUCGCGGGCUCGUCGAGUAGCAUGUCGGGCGCGGUGAUGGGAUUUGCUGCUGCUGGAUCGCUGGUUUUGUUCGUCUGGGCGUUUCUGUCGUUUGGAAAGGCCCGUCUUGUCGAAGCUGCCCAUAAGUCACCUUUGGUGGCUUCCCUACUUGAUAUGGCCUCGAGCGACUGGGCUCGGGCUUUGUUCAUAUGCAUGGUCAAUGUUGGAUUGCUAAUUGUCGUUCUUCUCGACUUCUUACGACAGUGUAUUCGAUCACUGUGGUGGAAGGACCGACCGGAGAAAGAACGCGGGAAGCUAUCUGGUGGUAUGACGGGCUCCUUCUCGACGUUGUGCUUCCGCCCGUUCGAGCUGACGGAUCGAAUUUCUGAGGAGUUCAGUGAAGGCGGCCUCGACGGGUCCGUGGUGAAUCUCUUGAAGCCGUUGGGAUGGCUCAGUUUGACUCGGGAAGAAACUGACGACUCAAUAGUAAAGACCACCACUGCGGUUAUUAAAAAGGAAGAAAAGCAGACACCGUGGCGGAGCGAUUUCAAAUGUGGAUCGGGCUGGCCUUCGGACGACGGCAAACGAGAGAAAUCUGAGUGCAACCCCGAUGGAGAGUUUCCGUGUUGCAGCACGAGCGGGUAUCGAGAUCGUGAGAGUCACUACAAGAAGUUCGAGCGCCACUUCGCUGAUUUUGUCCGAGAACUGAAUGUCGAGAAUCGGCGAAAUCAAGAGUUUCAUAUAUUCCUCAUCGAGCAGUUCGACAACCAGUUGUUCAACAGGGGAUGGUUGUUCAAUGUUGGGUUCACCGAGGCAUUGCGGAGUCUCAAUGAAAAGCCACCAGACUGCAUAGUGAUGCAAGAUGUUGACAACUUACCUAUGUCGGGUAUUGGCGACUACGCCACAACCAACUACUGCGGGGAGGAUGUAAUCCCUUUUGCCAAUCACAACCCGGAAGCGUCGAAGUAA